AUGCCAUUUCCCUACAAAACUGUACUGGUAGUUGGCGCCACCUCAGGCAUUGGGCUUGCCCUCGCUGAGAAAAUGCUUUCCGAAGGCGUUACCAAAAUCAUAGCUUUGGGCCGUCGUCAAGAUAAACUGGAUGAGUUACAGGAAAAACAUGGAGAUUCGAAAGUUUCAACAGUGGCCUUUGAUAUUACGAAUCUUGAGGGCAUUCCCAAUAUGGUUGAGGGAGUCCUCAAAUCACAUCCCUCCCUCGACUGUGCAUUCCUCAAUAGUGGAAUACAACGAUCUCUCGAUUUUACCCAACCCUCAUCCAUAGAUCUCGAUGUCAUUUCUACAGAAUUCACGACUAAUUAUCUCUCUUACGUUCAUCUUGUUAAAGCACUUCUUCCACAUCUACAGAAUAGAGUCAAGGGUGGCGAGAAUUCCGGAUUGAUAUUCACGACCAGUGGAUUGGCUUUAGUACCCAUAGUGCGAUGUGGAAAUUAUUGUGCAAGUAAAGCUGCUAUGCAUCAAUUAAUUCUCGUUAUGCGGGAACAGUUGAGAGGUGUGGGUCAGAGCGAAAGUGGGAAUACUGCGGAGGAAAAGAUUCCGGGGGAGAACAAAAAGAGUAAGGGUGUGCAGGUUAUUGAAAUCUAUCCGCCGGCUGUUCAGACGGAGCUACAUGAUGAGAAACAUCAACCGGAUAUAAAAGAUGGCAGGAAUAUGGGAAUGCCGUUGGAUGAGUUUACGGAAGAAGCGUGGAGAGGAUUAGAGAGGGGUGAUGAAGAUAUUCCUGUGGGGACGACGUGGAAAGGAUUUGGGUAUGAGGAGGUGGAGAUGCGAAGGAAGAAAUUGUUUGGCGAAAUGAUGGAGAAGAUGAAAGGGAAUUAA